CCCCGUGCCCGGGGGGCCACCCAGCGAACCCAGCAGCGACGACCUGCCCGCAGUUGUCGUGUUUGGCCCUGCCCUUCCUCCUCGACCACGGCCGCGAUAUGUCCCUGGACCCCCGGUUCUACCACCAUCUCGGCUACGGCGCCGGGCCCAGCUCUCCGUCUUCGGCCACGUCAUCCGCCAUGUCCGCCAUUACCGGCAUCACCAGCCCAUCCGUCCACUCAAUGACCGCCUCCGCUGCGAUGCUACGGUCGACCGCGUCAAGUCCUUCGCUGCGCGCUCGCGAAAGCGUCCCCGUCGCGGCGCGUCGAGCCGAUGGCCUCUCGAGUCCCUCGCCUGCGGGCAAUGUCCGCGUGGUGGUCCGAGUGCGGACCUUUCUGCCUAGAGAAAUCGAGCGCAGGGCCCAAUGCCUCAUAACCAUGGACCCGCACACGCAGAUGACCAAGCUGCGGGCUCCACGAACCCACCCGGAUGAUGAAGGGAAGCCCAAGUCGCAAGCGCGCGGAAAGGUCCAGGAAGACAAGUCGUUCGUCUUCGAUAACUCGUUCUGGUCGCAUAACGUCAAGGACGACCAUUACGCCACGCAGGAGGAUGUGUACAACUGUCUCGGAGAGGACUUUCUGGAUCACAACUUUGAGGGAUACCAUACCUGCAUAUUCGCAUAUGGGCAGACGGGAUCCGGGAAGAGUUACACCAUGAUGGGAACGUCGGAGCAACCAGGCCUGAUCCCCCGGACCUGUGAGGACCUCUUUCAACGAAUCGAGACGGCCGAGUCUCCUGAUAUCAGCUACAACGUCCGUGUCUCCUACUUCGAAGUCUACAAUGAGCAUGUACGUGACCUGCUGGUGCCGCGCACGGAGCCUCCGCACUACCUGCGCAUCCGUGAGUCUCCGACGGAGGGGCCCUAUGUCAAGGACUUGACGGAGGUGACGGUGAAGAACUAUGAGGAGAUUAUGCGGUUCAUGCGCAAGGGAGAUAUGUCUCGGACGGUGGCCAGCACAAAGAUGAACGACACCUCGUCGCGGUCGCAUGCGGUUUUCACGAUUACCCUCAAGCAGAUCCACCAUGACUUGUCGACCGACGAGACGACCGAACGCACGGCGCGAAUUCGGCUGGUCGACCUGGCGGGUUCGGAACGAGCCAAGUCUACCGAGGCGACGGGCCAGCGUCUCCGGGAGGGAUCUAACAUCAACAAAUCGUUGACGACACUGGGGCGGGUGAUUGCCGCCCUGGCCGAUCCGCAGCAGGGCCGUCCGGCGAAGCGCAAGGGCAAAGAUAUCGUCCCCUAUCGAGACUCGAUCCUCACUUGGUUGUUGAAGGACAGCCUGGGCGGUAACUCAAAGACAGCAAUGAUCGCGUGCAUCUCGCCCUCCGAUUAUGAGGAAACUCUGUCGACGCUGCGAUAUGCGGACCAGGCGAAGCGGAUUCGCACGCGUGCUCGGGUGAAUCAGGAUCACCUGUCUGCUGCGGAGCGCGACAAGCAGAUUGCCGAGAUGGCUGAGACGAUCCGCACGCUGCAGCUGAGUGUGAGCCAGGCGACCGCCAAUCGGCGGGAAAGCGAGAUACAGAACGAGCGGCUCGAGGAAUAUCAGCAAAAGGUGGAGAAAAUGCAGCGCUUGAUGGAGGAAACCAAGAUGGUCAGCGAGUGCAAGAUCCGCCAGUUGCAGACGGAGAAUGAGGCCCUUCGGAACCACCUCAAGUUGGCGUUGGAUAGUCUCCGAAACCCCAUCCCACCGGUGAUUGUGCCAAAACGGCGGAGCAGCCUGUACAGUGUGAAUGAAAUCGAUGGCUCCCCGUCAACGCGCAAGCGCUACAACCGGGCCCUGUCUCCAGCGCCCACAUCUGGCGAUGAGUCGGAGCCCAACUCUAUAUGGAAGAAAGAAGAAGCUCCUGUGAGCGAUGAUAAAACGAAUCACCUGGAGGCGCACCAGAUGCAGGCACACAUGGAAGACCUAUUGGAGGACCUGAGUGUGUUCAAACGCAAGUUGGCGACGGACCAUGAACGAUUCCGACCGACUCAAACCACGAAAGAGGAUCGGAAGAGCCGACGGGCCUUGGGCGCCAUUUGGGGAAAUAACCGAUAGUGAAACUGUUCUGGAAGCAAGAUUCCAGGAUCCUUGACUACAGCGUGUGGUGGGUGGUUUUCUGGGAUUCG